GCGAUAUUGCUUGUCAAACAUAGGCAUAGCGUAAACUAGCCUGGCAAAUCGUUGUUCGGACCCAGAAACGGCCUGUCGCCGUUGACUCGGAAAAGCAUGCCCAACUCAGUGCUACGAUGCAAACAAUGAAUAAAUCUCUCCAUUUCAAGAAGAUGCGUCGUGACCCAGUCGUGCGAUAGUGCCGCCGUUUCUGGUACAACAACUUACUUGCACCUGGAUAGAUAUUCAGCGAUGACGCACAUGCAUCCUUUUGUUUUGAAUUUUUGAGCGAUAGCCUUCAGGAGCUGCAGCUUCUAGCUGUUAUGGCACGCAUUUUCCCGUAAGGGUUCCUCCAGCGCGAGCCGUCUGUACUCAUCCGUUCGGAGCCCAGGGCUGCGAUAAGCUCCAUUUAAAUUUUCAAAUUCUUUUGACAUGGGAAAUGUAGUCGGAAUAUCUGGGACAUCACUUCUUGGUGCUAUCGCGGAGGGAGACGCCGAUGCCGCAGUGGAGGUCUUACAGGGCCAUCCCGACCUCACGCACAAGCGCCUUGGCAGCAAAAAGCGCACACUCUAUCAUUUCUGCGCAGCGAAAGGUCAAGUUACAGUCCUGAAAGGCCUGUGCGAGCAUGUCUGGCGUACGGUUCCCGACGAGAAUGGCGAGCUGGCGGGCGCCGACGGCCCAGUGCCCAAACGACAGCAUCCCGCCAUAUGCCAGUACAUCAAUGCCUGUGACCAAAAGGGCCUUACACCGCUAUCUCUGGCCUGCAAGAAAGGCUACGCAGAAGUGGUCACUUUCCUCCUUACUCAGGGAGCCGACCCGUGGGUCAAGGACCGCGCCAUGGGCCGUACGGCGCUGCACCACGCCGCCCGCGGCAACCAUGUCCAAUGUAUCGAGGCUGUCCUGUCAAGUCCCUUCGUCAAGCUGCAAGCGGGCAGUCCGGGCGAUGCGCCCCAACCAGCAGGCAGCAAGUUAGUGGACCAUCCAAGUAGGGCGGGCUACACGCCGCUCCAUUACGCCGCCGCAGCGCAUUCCAUCGAAGCAGCUGCAGCGCUUCUGCGCCACGGCGCCGACCCAAACGCCAAAACGUCCGAAGUGGGAUUCGAACACGUGGUGCUGGAGCGCGGCAGCACGCCAAUGCACGCCGCCGCGCGCUACCAGAACCUGGACGUAGCCAUCCUCAUCCUGCGGCACUGGAACGAGAAGCUGCGGCGGCUGGAUGUCACCGAUCCACGAGUCGUGGAAAACGUGCCCCGCAUUAAGCCAUACCAGAUGCCCGGCGUGAAGCUUAAUAGGGCCCUGAUGCGGGUGCUGGAUCCAGGGACGCCCAUUCGCCAGGUCAGCGACGCAUCUGGCGAGGGAACGUGGUGGCCCCGAGUGUCGAGCCCGCCCGGAAAGGAGCCUCCACCACCCUCGCAGGAACCCCAGCCGCCGGAACGGUCCUCGAACCAGCGAAGCACGGGCUCAGGUGCCCAUCGCCAGGAAUCGACCAGGCUGUCAGGCAGCGGCAGCGGUGGUGCUGAGGAGCCGGGACCGGGACCGGGGACGGGAACUGGGGAGGGGGCAGCCGGGGGCCCAUCAUCUGGGGCUGGCGGUCAGAUGCGUCGGCGGGCUAGCUCGGGAGCGGAACCCAUCCCAGUGCUGGAUGAGCUGCCGGGCUGGGCGCAGCUCGGCAGCAGCCGCCAGUACGAUAAUAAGCUGAUUGAAAACUCGAAGGUGGAGAUGGAGAUGGCAGCAGGAACCGCAGCAGCAGGGGGGGACGAGGAGCUGUCGGAGUGGCUGCCGGGAAAUCCCGGGGGCCCAUCCCGGGGGGGCGAUGAUCAGCCGCCAGGCAGCAGUGCUGGGGAACGCCCCAUACGGCGCAGCUUUGCUGUCUCGAACAUCUGGGCGCCCUCCUCUUCCUCGUUCAAGGCCACCGCGUCCGCCUUCGCCAUCCCCGGCGGCGGCGGCGGCGGCGGCGGGGCUAGUGGCUCGCUUUUUGGUAGCGAACGAAGCCCACCCGACAUCCCCCUGGCGUCGCCCUCCCGCUCCAGUGCCAAACGCCCCACGCUGUCCCACCCGACCAUCCUCAACCAAGCCGGAGGCGCAGCCUCCGCCGCCAACGGACCCAUGGGUCGCUCCAGAUCCGGCGCCAUCGUCCCCGUGCCUCCCUCAUCACCCAUCAGCCCCGGCCCUAGCCCUGGCCCGGGCGCCAGCAGCUCACGAGACCUUCACAGGACGCGGUCCCUCCCUCACCACCCGACCACUUCAGCUCCUUUUCCGGGCGCCACAGCCGGUUCACCCUUUUCACAAACACCCCAACUCGCCACAGUGUGCGAGGGCGGAGGCCGGGGGGGAGACGGCAGGCCUCCAUCCGACCAACACCGUCACUCUCAGCCGCACCGAGGUGCAUGGAUUGAGCCGUGUGACUCCGAGCCGGGUCCCAGACCGACCGGCGGGUCAGUGCUGGCGGCGGCGGCGCCGACGGGGCGUGUCGCGGCGGCGUACCCAGGCAGGGUAGUGCUGGGUGCUGGCGGCCGGUCCUCCGCGGGGCAACUACAGGUCCAUGAGCAGGACAAUAACCAUGGCGAUCAGGAGGAUGAGGAGUCGAGUCCGUUCCAGCCCUCAGCAGGGCAGCCGUACGAGCAGCAGCGCCGACAGCGGCAGCUACAGCCGGCCCAGCAUCCAGGACUCCAAGGCACGCGGUCGCAGUCGGCAUUGUCGCCCAGCGCAGGCGGUGCCGCCGCUGCCGUUGCUGCUGCUACGCUCCGGCAGACACCGCUGUCUCUUUCCCCUCCACUUAAACAGCAACAGCAGCAGCAGCAGCAGCAGGUUGACGGGGGUGAAGGCUCCAGGGAACGGGAUUUGCGUAAGUCGUCGUCCGGGGGCCGAUCCCUGGCCCGUACACUCUCCAGGAAGCUGUCCUCGCUGUCCGCCCGGGCGGCAACGGCCGUGGUGCCGGCGGUGCGCCGCGACUCCCUGGUACGAGCCGUCAGUCCGGAUCAGCCUCCACAGCCGCAGCAGGGGGGAGGAGGCCGCGCAGGCAGCGGCGGCGCCGGAGGCCGCAACGACGGCGGCCCGUCGUCACCGCCGCUGACGGUGUCAUCGCGGCCCCCAGCGUCGUCACCACCGUUAACAGGCACAGGUCGCGGCUGGGCCCGGCAGGCCAGCAGCGGUGCCGAGCGGGCUUCACCGCCGCCACAGACCCCGCCACUGCCGGAGAUGGGAAAUGUCCUGUCGCCUGAAGCAGGCCCAUUAUUUGAUGCCAUAGCUGACGGCAACGUCGAUGCAGCGAUUCGCGUCCUGGAUGCUCACCCUGGCCUGUCGCACAAGCGUGCUGGCAAGAAGAAUCGAAAUCUGUAUCAUGCAUGCGCAACCAAUGGGCAGCUGGCGGUGCUCAAACGAAUAUGUGAACACGUAUGGGAAACGAUGCCGGAUGAGUUGGGCAAGACACACAGCUCCGACUCGAUUCCCGAAGGCAGAUUCCAUCCAGUGAUUUAUCGCGCUGCAAACAGCUAUGACGAGUCCGGCCUCACGCCUCUCAUGCUCGCCUGCAAGAAGGGCCACACGGCUGUCGUACAAUACCUCCUGUCGCAGGGAGCCGACCCUUGGGUCGGUGAUCGGCUGCUGUGCCGCUCCGCCCUGCACAUCGCCGCCCGGUACAACCAGCCCGACUGCAUAGAGGCCAUCCUCACCAGCCCCUUCGUGGAGCUCACUGGCAAAGUGCGCAGUCGGGAGUGCAAGCUGGUGGACUACCCAAACAGCUCAGGUUACACACCACUCCAUUACGCCGCCGCUUCACGGUGUGCCGACACCGCCGUCGUGCUCUGCCGCCACGGCGCCAACCCCAAUGCCAAGACCUUCGAUGUCGGCUUCGACUUCAUCCAGCUGGACCGGGGAAGCACGCCGCUGCACGCCGCCGCGCGCUUCCAAAACCUUGAGCUGGCCAUGAUUCUGCUGAAGCACUGGGACGAGAACCUUCGGCGGCUGGAUGUGACCGACCCACGGGUCGUGGAAAGCUACGACCACACCAAGCCGUACCAGAUGCCCGGCGUGAAGCCUAACAAGGCCCUGAUGCGGGUGCUGGAUCCUGGGACGCCCAUCAAGGAGGUCAGCGAUCCGUUUGGAGAUGCAGCCGCCACCGCCGCCGCCGCCAGGUUGCCGUACGAUGUGUCGUGCAGCAAGGUCGCGCCGAUGAAGAAACCCUCCGCCACGGCGCUAAAGCGCAGCUUUUCGCCGCAAGGGCAGGAGCCAGAACCUUUGACGCUGGACGGCGAUUGCAGACAGGAUGACGACAAGGUCCCGGCGGGCUGGGAAGAUGUCCUGUCUGGCAAGUCGGGCAUCGGAACCACGGGGAAGGCUGCUGGCGGGGACUUCAUCACCAUAUACCAGUGUGCGGAGUUUGCCGCCGAUGUCGGCGGAUCUCUGCCGCCGGUCGGCGAUGGCGUCAUGCAAAGCGUCCCUACCUGCCAGCGCAUAGUCAUACGCACGCAGAGUGAAGGACGCCGGCAGGGGUUCAUGCAGGCACAGCAGGGCCUCGGCGAAACGAGCAGCUUCGGCGCCACCGUUGGCACCACCACCGCCAUCGCCAACGGCUUAGGCCGCACUCGCUCCGGCGCCGCUGGAUCCACGCACCGAUCCGGGGGUAUUCUCGGCGGCAUUUCGGGUAUCUCCUCAUCUGCCACAUCAUCGGACGAUGACGCCCAGGGUAAGAAGCCCGAACCGGGUCGUCGCUCCACGGGCGCUGCUACUGCUUUUACUGCUACUACGCCUGCGGUGCCGGCUGCCGCCAGGGGUGUAGGAUCCUCCUCACCUCCUGGGCCUCAGAAGUCUCCUUCCGCAACCGGCAUGAGGUCGCUGAUGGCAAUCCCGGAGCCUGCUAUACGUUCUCCUUUCUCCGAUGGACAGCUGCUGGCAUCCCAUGGUGCAAUCCGCAUUCAGCCCGUGACGCCUCCCCGGGGAGAGCUAGCGGCCGCCAGCGGCUUGCGGACGGCGUGCUCGCUGGGGCAUGACGCCGCGACGGCUGCCGGGCCAGCGGCGGCGGGUGCAGCAGCAACCACCCUAGGUAUCGGCUCCGGGGGCGGCCUUGUUCGCACCGGCAGCGGUACCUUAGCGUCUAAGCCGCCUAGUGGCGAUGGCGGCAGCAAACCCGCCGGCCGGACCUUCAGUCGAUCGAGCUCAUACAAGCCGUUUGGGGAUGCCGCCACCACUGCCGCCACCGUCGCUGCCGGUACGACACCAAAGCCGGUCCUCGUGCGCACGCACUCCCGCAGCGGCCGAAGCAGCCCUCCAAGCUCCGUGAACUCCUCCUCAUCGUCGACGGUGGCAACAGGAGCGGCGGCGCCGCCGCCGGUGGCCUUCUCCGCGUGGAGUGACAAGAAGAAGACGUACAGCGCACAGGCGGCGGCGGCAGCGACGGCGACGGCGGAGGCCGACCUGGCACGUGACAGCUACUCAGAGGACGCUCAGCCGGUUGAGGUAACCAUGUAUCCGCACAUUCGGGAGAAUCUUAAGCGGCUUAAGGCAGGAGACACGUGCAACGAGGCGGUGACGCUGGACGGCACCGAUGCAACCAGGACGCAAGACCCGCCGACACGCCAGCGCAGCCGUUGCCAGAGCCAAGGUGAAUCAGCGUCGCAUUGCCAGCAGCAUCCGCAUUAUAAUGAUGAGCGCCAACAGCAACGUCAAGCCUUCCAGGGCAGCAGCGGCGUCAGUAAUGGCAGCAGCAGCAGCAGCGUAAGCCGUCGCAGCAUCGGCAGGAAGAGCGCCAGCAGCCGCAGCGGCAGCGGCAGCGGCAGUGGCGGCGGACAGUCGGCAAUCGCACCUGAUCUAGGUUUCCGGCGCCAGGGCUUGAUGCCGCCGGCAGUGGAGCUGUCUGAGGAUGAGAGUCGCCUAGAGGACGUGGGUUUGGCAGCUGCUCUGUCUCCUGGGGCCUCCAUGCGAAGGACAGCUCGGCUGGGCUGA